AUGUCGUCUGCUGUGGCCGUGGCCGCCCUGGGCCUUGUUCUCCUGAAUGGUGUCAGCUUCGUGGCUCCCAGCGUCCCCAAGUCGCUGACGCCCACGCACCUUGAGUUUUCCCAGUCUGAAACCGUUCCUAUGCCAUCCACCUCAGCAGAGACGAGCGUCCCAGCUUAUGGCAUGGCAUUGCUGGCCACAGCGGCUGUUGGGCUUUUGGCAGCCGGUGCCCAACGCACCUUGAAAGUCGCAAGAAAGGCAACUCAUGGAAUCAAGUUCAGCUACUCCAUUCAAAAGGAUGCCUAUGCUGACUUGGAGUUCAUGAAUGAUGUGGGCUACUUGCCAGAUGGCACUCCCAUGAACAGGGCAGGCAACGCCAUCAACCACCCGGAGACCAUCGGACCUGACCCACACACUCCAGGAUCUCCUUUGCCAAGGGCCAUUUUCACCAACUCCGUUGGCUACCUCCCGGACGGCACACCAAUGAACGCAGCAGGCAACGCCUUGAACCAUCCGGAGACCAUGCAGCCCGAUGCGCACGCUCCUGGCUCUCCGUUGCCAGCCUCUUACUAUGCUGCUGAGGUCGGGUACCUUGUGGAUGGCACCGACAUGGCGAGGGCCGGCAACCUCUCUGUGCAGGGUCCCCCUCCUGCAGCCUCCAUGCCACCGCCUAUGCCUGCUGCAGCCGCUCCUGUUUCCGCUCCCCCAGCUGCCGCCCCAACGUCGGUGGCAGCCGGCUUCACGAGCACCACCAUGGAGCCUGUGCAUGGCAUCAAGUUCAGCUAUUCCCUGCAGAAGGAUGCCUAUGCAGAUUUCGAGUUCAUCAACGAUGUCGGCUACUUGCCAGAUGGCACUCCCAUGAACAGGGCAGGCAACGCCAUCAACCACCCGGAGACCAUCGGACCUGACCCACACACUCCAGGAUCUCCUUUGCCAAGGGCCAUUUUCACCAACUCCGUUGGCUACCUCCCGGACGGCACACCAAUGAACGCAGCAGGCAACGCCUUGAACCAUCCGGAGACCAUGCAGCCCGAUGCGCACGCUCCUGGCUCUCCUUUGCCAGCCUCUUACUAUGCUGCUGAAGUGGGCUACCUGGUAGAUGGCACCGAUUUGCGCACUGCAGGAAAUCUCUCCGUGCAGGGUGUCCCUCCUGCACCUGCCGCUGUGCCACCUGUGAGUGCUGCACCUGUGCCUCCCCCGAUGUAUGUGGUGGAGGAGCCAGUGGCGGCUGCCUUUGUGGGAGCCUCCGCUAACAUCGGAAGCGCACAGAAGGGAGCAGACAAGAGAGUUCCUUCGGGCUUCCUCUAUGCAGUGCAGAAGGACGCCUAUGCUGACUUGACCUAUGGAAAUGAUGUUGGCUACCUCCCAGAUGGAACUCCUAUGAACAGGGCAGGCAACGCCAUCAACCACCCCGAGACGAUUGGACCAGAUCCUCACGCUCCAGGCUCCCCCUUGCCUCGUGCUAUCUUCGUGAACGAUGUCGGCUACUUGCCGGAUGGCACACCUAUGAACAGGGCUGGCAACGCCAUCAACCACCCAGAGACCAUUGGACCUGAUCCACAUACUCCCGGCGCUGAAUUGCCGCCAUCGGUCUAUGCUGCAGAUAUCGGCUACUUGGUGGAUGGCACGCCCCUGGACGCUGCAGGUAUGGCCAUGCCAAAGCUGCAACAAAUUUGUGGCUCCAGCCCAGAAGGCUGGUGGACCUUGGUAGCUUUAGCCACGGAGGACCAAGAUGUCAUUCGCCUUGGCUCUGGCGGUAGGUUGCCCUCCUCCUUGAGCUUCACUGCCCCGGUGCACGGCCUCGUGGCCUCCGGAAGCACCGGAAGCGUCCCGGCUGGACCGAAGGUGCUGCCGCAAAGCACGGCGGCGCCAGCUUCCACCAGCACUCCGAUGUAUGGCAUGGCUUUGCUGGCCACCUGUGCAGCAGGGUUCUUGGCACGCAUGAAACGAAACGUGAAAGUGGCAUGCCACGAGGCCAUGCACGGCAUCAAGUUCAGCUACUCUAUUCAGAAGGAUGCUUACGUGGAUUUGGAGUUCCUGAACGAUGUGGGCUACUUGCCAGAUGGUACGCCAAUGAACAAGGCAGGCAACGCCAUCAACCACCCGGAGACCAUUCAGCCAGAUCCACACACUCCGGGCUCUCCAUUGCCCCGUGCUCUCUUCUGCAAUUCUGUCGGCUACCUCCCAGAUGGCACGCCGAUGAAUGCCGCAGGGAAUGCGAUGAACCACCCUGAGACCAUGCAGCCAGACAUGCACACUCCAGGCUCCCCAUUGCCACCGUCCCACUACUAUGCCGAUGUGGGCUACUUGGUGGAUGGAACCGAUAUGGCCACUGCUGGCAACUUGUCUGUGCAAGGGGCACCCGCUCCUGCACCGUCAAUGCCCGCUCCACCUGUUGCAGCACCGACGCCUGUUGCAGCACCAACGCCUGUUGCAGCACCAACACCCAUGGCACCCCCAUCUUCAGUUUCAGGAGAUGUGAUGCAUGGAAUCAAGUUCAAGUAUGCUAUCCAGAAGGAUGCACAUGUGGAUUUGGAGUUCUUGAACGAUGUGGGCUACUUGCCAGAUGGCACGCCAAUGAACAAGGCGGGCAACGCCAUCAACCACCCGGAGACCAUUCAGCCAGAUCCACACACUCCGGGCUCUCCAUUGCCCCGUGCUCUCUUCUGCAAUUCUGUCGGCUACCUCCCAGAUGGCACGCCGAUGAAUGCCGCAGGGAAUGCGAUGAACCACCCGGAGACCAUGCAGCCAGACAUGCACACUCCAGGCUCCCCAUUGCCACCGUCCCACUACUAUGCCGAUGUGGGCUACUUGGUGGAUGGAACCGAUAUGGCCACUGCUGGCAACUUGUCUGUGCAAGGGGCACCCGCUCCCGCACCGUCAAUGCCCGCUCCACCUGUUGCAGCACCGACACCUGUUGCAGCACCAACGCCUGUUGCAGCACCAACACCCGUGGCACCCCCAUCUUCAGUUUCAGGAGAUGUGAUGCAUGGAAUCAAGUUCAAGUAUGCUAUCCAGAAGGAUGCACAUGUGGAUUUGGAGUUCUUGAACGAUGUGGGCUACUUGCCAGAUGGUACGCCAAUGAACAAGGCGGGCAACGCCAUCAACCACCCGGAGACCAUUCAGCCAGAUCCACACACUCCGGGCUCUCCAUUGCCCCGUGCUCUCUUCUGCAAUUCUGUCGGCUACCUCCCAGAUGGCACGCCGAUGAAUGCCGCAGGGAAUGCUAUGAACCACCCUGAGACCAUGCAGCCAGACAUGCACACUCCAGGCUCCCCAUUGCCACCGUCCCACUACUAUGCCGAUGUGGGCUACUUGGUGGAUGGAACCGAUAUGGCCACUGCUGGCAACUUGUCUGUGCAAGGGGCACCCGCUCCUGCACCGUCAAUGCCCGCUCCACCUGUUGCAGCACCGACGCCUGUUGCAGCACCAAUGCCUGUUGCAGCACCAACACCCAUGGCACCCCCAUCUUCAGUUUCAGGAGAUGUGAUGCAUGGAAUCAAGUUCAAGUAUGCUAUCCAGAAGGAUGCACAUGUGGAUUUGGAGUUCUUGAACGAUGUGGGCUACUUGCCAGAUGGCACGCCAAUGAACAAGGCGGGCAACGCCAUCAACCACCCGGAGACCAUUCAGCCAGAUCCACACACUCCGGGCUCUCCAUUGCCCCGUGCUCUCUUCUGCAAUUCUGUCGGCUACCUCCCAGAUGGCACGCCGAUGAAUGCCGCAGGGAAUGCGAUGAACCACCCUGAGACCAUGCAGCCAGACAUGCACACUCCAGGCUCCCCAUUGCCACCGUCCCACUACUAUGCCGAUGUGGGCUACUUGGUGGAUGGAACCGAUAUGGCCACUGCUGGCAACUUGUCUGUUCAGGAGAAGAGCGUGGCAGUGAAGGCAGCGGAAGCUGUUGCGGCUGCAGUGGCUGCUGCGAUGCCGGCGUCCCCUGUGACAGUACCCGAGACAGCACCCGUGGCGGCCGCCUUUGUGGGAGCUUCGGCGCAGGCGCCCGCCAAGACACGCCAGCCCAUGGGUUUUGCAUACUCCAUCCAGCAGGACGUCUAUGCAGACUUCCUCUUCACCAAUGAUGUUGGCUACUUGCCCGAUGGCACUCCGAUGAACAAGGCUGGCAACUGCAUGAAUCAUCCGGAGAACAUCGGACCUGAUCCACAUGCCCCUGGAUCUCCUUUGCCCCGUGCCAACUUUGUGAAUGAUGUGGGCUACUUGCCAGAUGGCACACCUAUGAACAUGGCGGGCAAUGCCAUCAACCAUCCUGAAAAUAUUUCAGCUGAUCCUCAUUCUCCCGGCUCAGCCUUGCCACCAUCAAGCUAUGCUGCAGAUAUUGGAUAUCUCGUUGAUGGCACGCCGCUGGAUGCAGCUGGCAACAAUGCGGUGCACUGAGUGAGUAGCAGCUUUGGGCGCGUCGAAUCUCGCACGUUCCCUGAACGUUCGUGCGCUGUCGACAGCUUUCUCCAGACAUGAUUUCAAUAUCAGAAAGGUUUAGAAUAUUUUAGAAUCUAGAACCUUUCUGCAGCACUGUUGCUGAAGUCUGUUUAGGGCUGUGCAGUGGAACAGUGUCGCAUUUUCAUAUGUAGAUAGAUUCAUGCUCGGUCCCCCAGACCUUGUGAAGGGAGCCCAAGCAGGACGUCGAUCAAAAAGCCUCGGUGACACCGUGGCAAAGAGAGGUAGAUGAUG